GCAGCGUCGGCCACUGGCACGGUGUAAUAGUGGUUAAUCCGCAGCGGAGGGGAAAAGGAUUUACUUUAUUCCACCUUUAAUUUCAACCGUCCUUUAUUUUAUUCAACUAAAACAAUGGCAGACACAAAAGUUGAGUCCGGCUCCGAUAUCUCUGCCAAGGACCUGAAAGAGAAGAAACUGGUAGAGGAGAAAGAAAACGGCAAAGAUGCCGCCACCAAUGGGAAGGAGAACGAGGAGAAUGGUGAGCCAGAGAUAGACGAGGAGGAUGAAGAGGAAGUGGAUGAGGAAGAUGAGGAAGAUGAUGGAGAAGGUGAUGAGGAGGAUGAAGAUGAUGAUGAUGAUGACAUUGAGGGAGGAACAAAACGGGCAGCUGAGGAUGAUGAUGAGGACGAAGAGGACGACGUCGAAACCAAGAAGCAGAAAACCGACGAUGACGAUUGAUGCGUUUCCCUGCCCCCAUCCUGCUGAACCACUUCCUGAUUCUUCGCCUUUGACCUUUUCAUGUCAGGGGUGAAGGGGCUGGAGGACUGAGUAAAAAAAAAAAAGGAAAAAAAAGAAUUAAAAAAAGAAAUAAAACAUGGUCAUUAGCAAGUAGAGUUCAACAUCCAUGUCCACUCUCUCUCUCUCUCUCCAUCUCUCUCUCUCUCUCUCUCUCCCCUCAACCGCCACAAAAUUUUCUAGAGGAAUCCGCCGCCACAACAAUGCAGAACACGGCUCAACAGUAAACAACACAAAAGGAGAAUUUCUUUGUAUUUUUAUUUACAUUUUAUAUUUUUGUACAUAUUGUUAGAGGGGGGUCAGUUAUCUUGGCAGCAAUCUCCUAAAGACCAAAUCGGUGCUUCUUUACAAAAGAUUUUACUUGGUUGACCAUGUUACAAUAUCUCGACAGAAAGAGUUAAAACAUGUUUUUAAAAAGGAAAGGAAACCUCUUAAGCCGUUGAACUCAGAGCAUUCCAGUAAAUUUAAUGUAUGUACUUUAGCUGUACCAUAACUAGUUUGUUUGUAUGGGAGGGCAAGGCCAAAGAAAAGGAGCCUCUUUUCUUUUCCUUUUUGUUUUGUUUUUGUCAGCGACUUUUUGUUUUAUGAUGGCCUGUUUUGAUGUAUGUGCGAAGUUUGUUGUUGGACAAUAAACCGGACUUUUAUUUUGUGAGUUGUA